UACACCAAUUUUAUGGUGGCAGUUGGCGUACCUAAACGCGGCUUUUAAAGCUCUCAAACUUGCAAAAACUCCUUUUAUCAUCAUCAGUUAGAGUUUAGAACUAGAAGGUGAAGACUGAAGAAGCCAUGGAUCCAAACGAGAAUCCACCUAAAACCAAAAGACAGAUCUUCAUCCUCUCAGGUCAAAGCAACAUGUCAGGUCGUGGCGGUGUCAUCAAGCAUCCUAAUCACACUCCAAACAAGCGCUGGAACGGUGUUGUUCCGCCGGAGUGCAGUCCCGAUCCUUCCAUCUUACGCUUCAGCGCCAACCUCAAAUGGGAACCAGCACAGGAACCUCUCCACACCGACAUCGACACCAAGAAAGUCUGCGGCCUUGAUUCUGGAAUGUCAUUCGCCAACUCAUUACGGCGCCGCGUGGCCGGAGAAUUGGGACUAGUCCCAUGUGCCGUUGGUGGCACCGCGAUAAAGGAGUGGGCGCGUGGGGAAGAACUGUACGAAAACAUGGUGAAGAGAACAAAAGAAAGCGUAAAGGGAGAUGAAAAUACAGAGAUCAAAGCGUUGCUUUGGUUUCAAGGAGAGAGUGACACGUCGAGUGAACAUGACGCAGAGGUUUACAGAGUCAACAUGGAGAAUCUCAUCCAUAAUGUUCGUCAAGAUCUCAAUUUACCUUCUCUUCCAAUAAUCCAGGUUGCUCUAGCAUCAGGGUUUGAAUACAUUGAAAAAGUGAGAGAAGCGCAGAAAGGGAUUAAUAUUCCGAAUGUGAUUUGCAUUGAUGCAAAGGGAUUGCCUCUGAAUGAAGAUAAUCUUCACUUGAACACAGAAUCUCAGGUUAAAUUGGGUCACAUGCUGGCUGAGGCGUAUCUUACUCAUUUUGUUUAAUUCUAGGCUUAAAUAUAUCCUUGCAACUAGGGCAAUUAGGGGUCGUUUAAAAAUUGAUCUCUGUAAUCGCUAAUCAUGUUAAUUUAGGCUUAAAAUUCUAGGCUUAAAUAUAUCCUGUCAAUUUACUGUUGCAUUGUUUAAUCAUUUAAAAUUCCUUUCCUCUCCCCACUUAAUCACUGCCAUGUCACUAAUUUGAUGACGUGACAAUCACUGUCAUACAUGAAAUUCCAAUUUUACACCCCUAGGUUUCCCAUUCUUUCUUCAACAUUUUGUCAUCUUCUUAAGGGCAAAAUUGGAAUUUCAUGUGUGGUAGUGAUUGCCACGUCAUCGAAUUAGUGACGUGGCAGUGAUUAAGUUGGUCAAAGGACGAAAUUUUAAAUGAUUAAUGAUUGCAAGACUAGUUUGCAAGGAUUAGCAAAUACAUGGACUAAUUUUUAAGCGACUCCUAAUUGCAAGGAUGAAAUACAUAUUUAAGCCUUAAUUCUAUUAUAAAAAAUAAUAUUGUUUAAUUAUGUUUGUAUUUAUUAUUGUAAAAAAGACUGUUUAUAUUUGUUGUCAAGAAGAACCACUUAUUUAUUAUUUAGGUCAUUACUUUUUUCAUCACAUGAGUUCCUCGCGCCCUAUUCGGAUUCUAAAAUUCGAAAUAUUUCAACAUGUUUUUGAAGGUUUUGAGGUUUUUAUUCCGUUCGAAUUCUAUAAUCAAAAUUGCAUAGGGCGCGUAAGAAAUGAUAUUCAUAGGGUGGGAAUCAAGCGGUCAAUCAUUUACUCACGAGUAUAUAUGAAUUUCAUAUCAAGAUUCAACUUAGUUUGCCUGUCGGUGUGCCCCUGUCCCUGUAACAUCAUUUUCUGGUUUUGAAUAUCUUGAACUUGAUGGGCAGAUUGGGCCACUAAUGUAAACGUUUUGAGAUCAUCAUGUGUCUGCUGCUGUCACUCUUUAUAUAUUACCAACCGUUGUAUUUUCCGCUCA